UCAGUAUACACAGUGCGUAAAACGUUAUCAAUAUUUUUUUGUGUACAUAACAAUUGGAGUAAUUGGACCGCACGCCCAUAUGAUACACGCCACAAUAACAUUCCCUUAAAGCAUUUAAUGUUCUAAUUAUGGAGAAGGAUAUUGAUAGCAACCUGGAGGCGGGAGACCUAGUCGAGCUGCUGAAGGUGGAGGAGAGGUUGGUGACGCACGCGCGGGCGCUGCGCUGGGCCGCGUGCGUCAUGGUGUUCGUGGGCGCCACGCUGUCGUUCUGCCUGCUGGUGCCGCCACCGCCACCGCGUCCGGCGCCCGCGCUCGUCUGCUACUACAACACGCCCAGCGACGCGCGCUCUCUGCAGCCCAGAGACAUACCGCCGCACUUGUGCACACACAUCAAUGUAGCCUUCGCCCGUGUGCGCAAUAAAACCUUGCACUUGGAACCGCCACAAUUGGCCGCCAUACGCCAAGUAGUGUUGCUUAAAAAGUCUAAUCCUAACCUGAAGGUGCUUGUGUCUGUAGGAGGCGCCGGUGAGAACGGUUUCGCCGACAUGGUGAUCAAUCACGCCUCUCGCAAGCAAUUCAUUCGAUCCAUCAAAAGCCUCCUCCGUAACUAUACCUUAGAUGGAAUAGAUCUGGACUGGGAAUUUCCAUCUGGCAACCGGCAGCGACAACACUUCUCCCAGCUACUUCGGGAGAUUCGAACAGAGUACCUUAGAGAAAAACGAGAUUACUUACUGACUGUUGCUGUUGUGGCAGAGGAAACCAUGGCCGAUGCAUCAUAUGAUUAUGAUCAACUAAACUUGUACACUGACUUUGUGAAUGUUAUGACUUACGAUUUUCAUUUCUACACUAAAAUGACUCCAUUCACUGGCUUCAACUCCCCGCUGUAUUCCGAACCGGGGCAGCGGUUGUUCCUUUCCACACUGAAUAUAAACUACACGAUGCACAUGUACCUCGCUAAAGGGCUGGCACCGGAAAAGCUUGUAGUUGGGAUUCCUACAUACGGGCACUCAUUUCAGCUGGUAAAUCCAGGUAACACAUUGCCGGGUAGUCCAGCAGCAGGGCCCGGCAGCUUAGGCGUUGGUGGAUUUGUGUCAUAUCCGGAUGUGUGUCAAUUUGUGAAACAUCCGGGCGGGAAGCAGUCGCGGGAUGCCGCCGCGGCGGUGCCCUACGCGCACCGCGGGACGGAGUGGCUGUCGUAUGAUGAUGAAGAAAGUGUAGCUAGGAAGGCUGAGUUCGCAGCGCGAUUGGGGCUGCGCGGGGCUAUGGUUUACUCGCUCGACGCUGAUGAUUACUCCAAUGUCUGUAGGCUGAAGGCUCUGCCGCUCGUGUCCGCCGUCCGUCGCGCGCUGAACGGUCCUCUGAUUUAAUACCUGUUUCUUCCUAGCCACGUAGGUGAUCUUGUACAUCGCGCUGGACUUCAUGGCGGAGUGCCGUGGGCCGCGUGGGCGCGCGGGUCGCGGCGGGCGAGCGCGGCGUGAGCAUUGUGCGGACUUAUUAACUUUUACGACGAAAAAACCAGAAUGCCGGCCUUACGAGUACUGUUCCGUUUACUGCAAGGUUUCCGCGCGAGCGCGCGCGCGACGCGCAUCGCCGCCAGCGUUAUGUUAAUCGCUUAUAAUUAACUAGAGAAAUUAUAAGAAUGUUAUGUAAUUAUUUUAUUAGUAGUUUUUUAUAAUAAUGUUCGAUUUGAUAAUCGAUGUAUGUAAGUUCGUGGUGUAAGGUCAGUUUGGGCAAGCGCCUCGCGCCUCCGCGAGGCAAGUAGCGUAUUGGCUUUGCUAAGAGGUCGCGUUGAGUGGCCCUUGCCCCAACCGACCUUACUUAAACAGGGUAACCUGUCGUAAAAUCAGCAAUGGCCAGCAACAACAAGACCCACUUUAAAACAAGUUACCCUAUUCUUGGAAACUGAACUGCUGUAACUGUUGUGAUGAAAUGCACAGGGAUGUAAUGCAUGACUUACCGCGUAGCGGGAACGAGGAGUAUUGAGGCUGUGAUGUGCAAACAACAUGUUUAUUGUUUACUAUUUGGUUUGUGAUUCAUGUGAGAUCAUGCUAUUACGUGUUGCAAAUGAAUGGACUCCCGCAAAUCACUAAUAGAAGUGACGUUAUUCCAUAAGCUGACAGAGGCCGCGAGGGCAUCACAGACUGACCAGUGUUAGGUACAGCAAGCUACCAAAGCCAAAUUGCAUGGAUACAUACAUUAUGAAUGGAAUUCAUUAAUAAUAAAUGAAUGGAAUCCAUUUAUAAUCAGAGCUCAAAUUUAUACUGGUUUGAUGUAGUGAUGAGCUCGGCAAGUUAUCGUAACAACGACCUAGGGGCCAAUUCGAGUCGUAAAGUGUUAGGUGUGGCGUGACGACACGACGGGCAAAUUUUAUAAACACGAUUGAGGAAAGGACAUUUGCUAGGUUAUACCUGCUAGUUUGAGACCUCGAAUAGGCCCCAGGUUAUUCGUUACUAUGUAGUAGCAAAAGCUACCAUCUCAGCAUUUAUAAAAUAGUUACGAAAAAGGGUGCCAUUGUGAAAUUGUGAUGUAAAACUUCUUUGUUCGUUACUGAAGUUCUAAUCGAAUGUCUACAGAAUGUGCUCGAAUAACCGACCUCACGAUAUUUUGAUUAAAGCCCAGUCGGUAAAAAAAAAAACUUAUUCAAAGAUCUUACAACUAAAUACAUAUUUUACAGUACAUAUGGUGCUACUUUCUCGCACUAGUGCGUAAAAGAGCACUUUUCGUGUAUAUGUCGAAAGUUUAAAGGGCCAUAUGUACUGUAAAACGUUGUACGAUACACGUGCGAAUAGGUAAUUCGCAACUCGUAUCGAUUAAAAACACUCCCUGCGGUCGUGUUUUAAUUUAUCGCCACUCGUUUCGAAUUUCCUCUUUUCCGCACUUGUAACGUAAAUAACUAUUCUUCUCCCAAACCACACAGUGGUUUGUUGGCAGACGAGGCUCCUUUGCGUUUGUGUUAGCGGUUGAUAUGUAACUUAACUUUAUCUUAAACCUAAACUUAUCCCUUUACUGCAUGCGCAGCCUUAUAUGGCUGUUAUGUUUUAGCUAUUAAAGUUUACUUUUAACCAAAUACUUUAGUAGUGAUUCUGUUUAUGAAAAAGUAGGUCCCGGGUUCGAAUCCUAGUAAGGGCAUUUAUUUGUGUGUAUCACAUAUAUUUGUUCCCUCGUUAUGGAUGUUUUGUAUGUUAUUAUUUAUCAAUAUCUAUAUGUAUAUCGGCGUCUAGUGCCCACAAUACAAGCUUUAUUUAGCUUACUAUGGGACUUAGGUUGCUUUGUGUAAGAUAUCUAUUUUUAUUUAAAUUGGUCGGUUAUUUCGGCUUACCUGUACAUAAGGUACUAAAUUAUGCAUACCAAGCCCACAUAAAGUGCAAAUCAAAUAUAUUAUGUUAUAAAUGGAUGUGGUCGACAUUGGGCGCACCUGUGUGGGUGACCAUUGCAUCAUACAAAUAGUCGACACGACUGGAUUAUACGUAGACCUUAUUAUAAAGUAAUAAGAGUUAUCAGAAGUCAAGUGUUUCUAUACUAUACCCAUGUAGAAUACUGCCUGCAAAGCUUUACAUUCUAAAUGACUCAUUUUCUAACUAUAUUCUGCGAUUUUAACAAUUUAUUCAUACUGUAACUAUAUUUACAAUGCAUGUGCUCGAAAAGUGCGUUUCCUAUGGAGCCAUAUCAUGCGGAAAGUACUACUUUUCCGCACUAGUGCUUUUUGUUUUCAAUUAUUUUUUUUACAGUACAUAUGGUGCUACUUUCUCGCACUAGUGCGGAAAAGAGCACUUUUCCGCACUAGUGCUUUUUGUUUUAAAUUUUUUAUAAUUAAACUUAUUUGCCAUGGUAUGUUUUUUAUUUACUCGCACAAUGCAUAGUAAAACAUUGUAUGAUACACGUGCGUAAAGAUGAUUUCCGCACUUGUUGCAUAAAUAGCUAAUUUUAAAUAUUUUAAUGUUGAUGAUAAUUGAUGUUAAGAGUAAUUAUUAUCACACCAAUUGUAAUUAUCCGGUAUGAAAGUUAAAUUCAAACUUUUAGAGAACUGAAUAACAGUUAAGUGUAUUUCAAAGUAAAUAGUUAUAUCUUUCAAGAUAAGUAUACAUUUUGUAAGUGUAAAACCAAAAUACCUAUAUGUUACCAGUGUACAAUUUUAGAGUAGGUAUAAUAAUAUUUAUAAUUAAAUAAAUACUGUCCCAAACGAAAAUGCUUAUUAUUAUGUAUUAACUAACAGGUUUUAUCUUCUUUUUUACUUAUUUUUUGUAAUAAUCUAUCAUAUUCAUAUCGAUCCUCUGUUCUUGUGCUGUAAGAACUUGUACAUGUGUAAUUAAGUUGGGCAAUAACCUUGUUAUAUUUUAUUCCGUUUCUAUAAGUGAAAACCUAUAAUUGGCUUUCUAAUUCUAUUAUAGUUUUUGGAUAUGUAUAACGCUGUGGGUUUUCCAUGUACCAAAAUAAAAUAAAAUAUUUAAAUUUUGUUUCGUCGCCUCUACACGGUUCUUCCAUCACAAUGUCAACGCUACGCGAAUGGGUGACCAUAGUCAAGUAUCUCUAAUCUCUACCCUAAAA